GCAACUUGAUGCGGGAUUUCUGUUAUGCAUUUGAUAGUGAUGGUGCAUAUCACACAUACGAGUAUGUCGAAUUUGGUUGAUGAAAAGUAGGAGUGCAUGUGUGUGCCUGUAUUAGUAUGGUAUGUAUGUUCAUUAUGUCUGGUUGUGUUUCUUGUGAGUGCAUUGAUUGUUCAUGGUUUGUAUGUGCUUAAGUGUCAAUCUCAUUGUUGGUGAUUUUGUAACAAAGUGCAAGUUUCUGUUUCCUUAUGUGUGAAAGAGAUCCAUGUUUAUUUAUUUUUUUAUUGGUGCAUUUUAUAAUACAAGAUGUCUAAAAGUAAUUGUGUUUAAUGAAUGUUGUCACCUUCAUAAUAAUCUGCUAUCAUCUGCCUCUGUUUCUGGUUAAAAUGAUAGGAGCUCUAUACCUCAAAGAUACCAGUAUCAUGAUAAAACUGACUUAACUAAGGCCUCACAAUCAAUUAUUAAAAAUUCAACACCCUCAUUAUCAAAUAACCUCUUUCCCCUUAAUGCCUGGAAACUACUCAUCAUUUAUUAUCAGUCACAAGGAGAUUCCUUGAGCAAUACAUGAGGAGGACGAGUGGCAGAAGAAUGAACUAGUGGCACUUCUUCAUGAAGAGCAGCCCAGCACCACCUCUUUGCUAAUCCCUCGCUUGUUUUAUGCUUCAUUACAUUGUCCAUGCUAUUGUAUUAGUAAUCAGUUAUAGGAUCAGAUAAGUCUUUUUAGGCAUCAUAUGAAAAAUCAUACCUUGCAGGAAAUAUUACUUUUCACUGUGUUAAAGUAGCACAAAGCAAUCUCACUUAUCUCAGAGCUAUCACCAGCCAGUCCGGGGUCCCUAGCCCUCCCUCUCCAACCAGUCACAGGAAUGGGGUCUACAUUAUCCUUCAGCUCACCUGUUAAUUGUAUCACACAUUGUUUUUAUAAAUAUGAAUCAGAAUAUUUUUUAUCUUUUCAAUAUAUGUAAAAUGCAUUAAUUCUCUAGUUUUCAAUGUCUGUGUGAUUUGCAUGAGUACCAACACAAUAAGGAGCACCCUCUCACAAGGAGAAAAAGAGGAGAGCAUCUGUGAAUAUCUUGGACGGGAAGCGUCUUCCCUAGAAGACUUCAUAGAAGGGGGGAAGCGCUUGUGGUUUUUGAACUUCUGAAGGCCUGAACUACUGUGCUUCUGGAAGAGAACCUGUUGGAAGCAAGACUUAUCUCUAGUCUCUGGGAGACCUGGGAGGAAGAUCAUGGAUGAUGUGGACACCCAAGAGAGGGAACACUUUAUCAGGAUUGUACGUGCCUUCAAGGCAUAUAGGCAGUACUCCCUAAGGAAGGUGACUGAGAAAGAGGCUUAUAUAAAGUCACUGCCAGCACACCACCAGCUGCUGCUGCGGUCAUAUCAAUGCCACCUGGAGGAGCAGCGCACCUGCAUUGAACAUAAUGCUGAGAUCAUCAGUCUUAUCUUAAAGGAUGUUGACACUAUGUUUGAAAACCUUCAACCACAGCCCAUGGUGGAGGAGGACAACCCAGGGAACACAAUGCUGGUGUCAGACAUUGAGAAGGUGCAGUCCACCAUCAGACAGAUUGUACGAGACUGGUCUCCAUCAGGUGCACAUGAGAGGAGCCAAUGCUAUGGUCCCAUCAUCAACAAGAUAGAGCAAUUGUUUCCCCAAGACAGAGUGUGUGCAGAGGAAGUGAACAUCCUUGUGCCGGGGGCAGGGCUUGGCCGCCUUGCCUAUGAAUUGGCCAAACGUGGCUACACUUGCCAGGGUAAUGAGUUCAGCCUCUUUAUGCUCUUUGCCUCCAACUUCGUUCUCAACAAGUGCCGUGGACUUAACACUCUGCGGGUUUAUCCAUGGGUACAUGCUGGGAGUAACCUGUUGACCAAUGGUGACCAGCUGCGACCUGCUACCUUCCCUGACACCAACCCUUCAGACCUUCACCCACAGGCACAGUUCACUAUGGCAGCAGGAGACUUCCUGGAGAUUUACACAGCAGAUGCUGCUUGGGACUGUAUUGCCACCUGCUUCUUCAUUGACUGUGCCAACAACAUUGUAGCAUUCAUUGAAACCAUCUAUAACAUACUGAAGCCAGGAGGUUACUGGGUCAACCUUGGCCCUCUGUUGUACCACUUUGCUGAUCAGCCUGGAGAGCCAUCCAUAGAACCCAGUUUUGAGGAGGUCAAGGCCAUAGCAGUGGGACUUGGAUUUGAGAUCACAGUGGAGGACAUGGGUCUGCACACAGCCUACACACAAAAUACUCAGUCCAUGCUGAGAUACGAAUAUCGCAGUGUGUUCUUUGUGGCAAGGAAGCCACUCCCACCCAGUUGAUGGUGAGGCUGUAUCUCUGAUUACAUUCACAUUUAGUGCUCAUGAUUUUUUUUCAUAUCCCAUGUUCUUGUCCUUCUCCUUCUUCUCUUUUUCCUUCUUCUCCUUCUCCUCCUCCUUCUCCUCCUUCUCCUCCUCCUCCUCCUCCUCCUCCUCCUCCUCCUCCUCCUCCUCCUCCUCCUCCUCCUCCUCCUCCUCCUCCUCCUCCUCCUCCUCCUCCUCCUCCUCCUCCUCCUCCUCCUCCUCCUCCUCCUCCUCCUCCUCCUCCUCCUCCUCCUCCUCCUCUACUUCCUGUGCUUUUCUUGUGACAUAGCCACUCCUUUAGAUUGUGUAUUUAUCUUCAUCUCAGAGCAAUAAGAGAUGAAUCAGGUGGCAGCUCCUUAUGCUGUUCGAGGAGUUCUAAGUUGGCUUUGCUGCAUCACAUCACAUGAUAUCCACUGGCAUACCAUGUAGGUAGAAUAAUAGACAUGGCUUUAAGGAAAUGCAUUUCAGACAUGAUUAUAUGAAUUGAAAUGCUUUUGUCCAAAUAAUGUCUUUCUUCAUGUAUUGACUAUGUUAGGCUUCCCAGACAGAAGUACAAUAUACUACAUAUGUGUGGCACCUUGUUCCUUCCAGGAACAUCUUCCAAGAGGAUGUUGGUAGCUGAAAAUUCAUCAUCUAUGUUUGUUCAUGGAGACUUUGAUUAUUUACCUCAUUAUAAUAAUCAUUAUCUGCUUGUUUUGCAGCUUUUGGUAUGCUUUUAUAUGUAUGAAAUGAAGAAAACCUUCAUCUCAUAUACUUCAUCCUUUCUAUAUAACAUUCUCUCUUAUAUUUGUCAUCGAUGUCUUGAAAGUAAAUUUUCCAUGUUUGUAUGAGUCAUCCUCAUUCAUAUGAUAGCAACAUGCCAUGCAUUACAGUUAUGUGCAAUUUGUGUCAAGUUUUUUUCUGUGUAUUUGUCUAUUUUUAUCUAAUAUCUUCCCAAGACCUUUCCAUAGGGUAUGACCAUGACAGAAGAAUCUGUUUUGUCUUAUCCUUUUAUUCUUUCUUUGCUUACUCUUAUACCCUGAGAGUGCUAUAAGUGUGUGGAAACCAUUUCUGACUUCUUUAUUAUUGAUUCCAUAGUUGAACAGAGAUGUUUUCUUUCUCCUCUUUUCAGUACUUGCAUACACUAUAGAUGCAAGACAAAAUUGUAUCUGCUAAAGCCCAUCCAUACCAGGAAACUUUGUAAACUUUGUUCACAAACAGCUUACAAACUGUUUACAGACUGAUUCAAGAAUGUUUGCACACAAAGAUUGCAAACUGUUUACAAACAGUUUCUGAGUAAAAUUACAAAAUUUGCAGGCUAUUUGUUUUACAUUCAAAAUGGGAAACAUUUAGGAAUCAAGAGAGAGAGAGAGAGAGAGAGAGAGAGAGAGAGAGAGAGAGAGAGAGAGAGAGAGAGAGAGAGAGAGAGAGAGAGAGAGGAUGUGUGUAUGUUUUCUGUGAGUGAGUGAGUGUAUUUGCAUGUGUAUGUAUGCACUUGUGAGUGACCUUUGAUGAAAUUGACAGUAUCUUAAGACCAACCAUGGUUUGGAUGGAAAGCAUUAUAAACAAACUGUUUUAAUUUUUGAAACAAACAUGUGGGAAAACUUGGCAACAAUUUACAAAUUAAGUUUCCUUGUGUGGACGGGUCUUUGGUAACAAGAAGUUCUUUUGCCUUGUUUUUCUUGAUGAUGUUGUACUUCUUGUGGAAUCACUGAAGUUCCUGGCGAUAGCUCUCAAGAUACUGCUCAAGAAGAGCAGUCCUUUUGGACUCAUGAUCUCCAAGACCCAAACCAAGGUCCAGGGGCCAUAUUAAUAAAGAUUCUCAGAGUUUGUCUCAGCCUUCUGCUUAGACCUGUGCUUAUCUCUUAAGCAGUCUUAAAGUUGUGCUGAUAUUUAAGUCCUAGUAUGAAAUGGUGAAAGAGCAAAACAGUAAAAUCUUAUAUUUCUCAAUUUUGAGUUAAUAGUUCAAUCUUUUUAUUUUUAUUUUUUUUUGGAUUAAAUAACAAAAAAUGAUAAUUUGUCAUUGAUUUUGUAAGGACAUUUGCGUUUAUUAAUAGAUAAAUUAGAUCCUGUGCAAGGUGUAUGUAUUUUGUCUCAGUGUUUACAUCUAUGAGCCAGCAUUGCCCCACCACUCCCACUCAGCAGUGCCUCAUUUCCUGUCCUUUUUUCGUUAGUAUGGAGGAGAUGACCACAAAGGGUGAAAAGGCCAGUAGAGGAAACCCAGCUGGACUGAUGGCAAAACUUUUCUACCUCAUCCAGUCAGUAUAUGAGGAGAGAUGUAGCCUGAAUGGCUUCACUCUCUCAGCUGCACAAAAAAGCUGCAUGGGGCUCUAUUAUUAAGAAGGUAAAUGAGACAUUCCAACAAUAGGACACAUGAAGGGCCAAGGUCAUCAUUGCUGCAGAGCUGCAUUUCCCAUUGGCUAAAUAAUACUGUAAUCAUUACUAUGAUUACUAGUGUCAGUGCAUCACUCCUUCCUAUGAGGCUCUCCAAGACAUCUCCCAUCAAAUAUGUCACAAAUAACACUCCUGCAGUUUUAUUCUAUGUAUAUCCAACAGUUCAGAGUCACUCAGGUCAUCGAGAACAUCCUUAUGGGGCUGAUGAUUCUUGAGGUGGCUGGCUUAGGCUCGAUGGUCAGCCAUCUUUGUUUGGUUAACUUAGUCUUAGUGAAACUCUUAUUAAAAUUAAGCAGACUCCAGACCUGUCUUAAAUUUAUGACCUAGACUAAGCACAACUUGGGAAGUUAAACACAACUCUAAGCAUAAGAGCUGGGCUGAGUCAAACCUCUGUACUUAAGAAUCUUUGUUAAUAUGGCCUGAGGAAUUUACCAGCUUGCUUCUUGGAUGCCAAUUCUAGUAAUAUGGGUAUAUGGUAUACUUUCUAGACAACAAUCAUGCUCAUAACAUUUCUAUAACAAUCCUGGGUGGAGGAAACGAAGGAGAUGCCUAUGUAAUUUGUAGCUAGAGUGAGCAAUCCUUUAGCAUAUCCUUUCCAUUAAUGAUAAUAAUCCUCUUAUCCUCCUCUCAUCUAUUUCUCAAAAUUCUUGUUCUACUCUCUUUGUCAUAUUAGUCAUCUCACUCUUCACCUUUAUUUCCAUUAUGCCAGAUCACAUUAAGGUGAUGUGCUUUACCCCUGGAACCACUCCAUAUUUCAUUAUGUCAAUUUAGUGUGCAUGCCAUAUCUGUUUUAUUACUUUUGCCAUCCUUUUUUUUUUUUUUUUUGCCACAAAUAUUUCUCAAAUAACUUAUUUCACUUUGGAUCUUUGACCUUUGCCCUUUAUUUUAUACUUUAUAGUUACUUGCAUAUAUGAUAUGCAUGUAUGAUAUGACUUUGUUAUACUUCAGUGCUUACUGCUUUUUCUUUCAUCAUACACCCGCUAAAUCUGAGCACUUCUCUUAGCUCUUUCUCUCAUCUUUCUCAUCUUAACACCCAUGCUAUCAUGCCUGUAUGUAAUAAGACCAAGAUAUUUAAUAAAUUCCUGUACCUCCUCCAUUUCUUUUAUUCUUAAUUUAUUAUGCUUAUUCAUAUACAUCCCCAAAUCUACAAACAUCUGUUUUGCUAAUUGUAAGAGCUUGUGCAAUAUCUCCUCUAUCUCUGUAAAUAUUCAUUCCUCUCAUCUUUCAUGGCAUGUGGCAUAUUUCAUCAUUCACUUUUCUUUUUUCUCUGGUGCAACUUCAUGAUACUCCAGGCUUUGUUUUUUUCUUUGUAUCUUUCCUUUCACUCUUAACACCUUCAUUAUUGUUAUUAGAAAAAGCAUGUUACUAAUUACCCAUACGUCCAUACAGUGAAUCACUGGGCUUGCCAGUAUUCCUUGUAUAAGACUCAGGAGGUAGUCUUUCUCACUCUGUGUCACAGGCAGAGUGACCUAACCCUUAUCUGGCUUUCCAUUUCACUUCCGUAGCUCCAACUUCCUUUCUUGGGGAUCCACUGAAAAAAAAAAAAGACUGAUAACAUUUCUCUCUUCUUGAGCUUCCAGGCUGUGGUGGUAGCUGUCAGCCAAUCUUCCCUUGUUUCUCACACUUCCUUCUUUUCUGCAUGUGAUAGAUGAUUUUCCUGGUCAGAUGAGAAAAUAGUGAAAAUUGUCAUAUCUUUAUGAGUGAUGAUGUACUUGAUGGUUCCUCUUGUUGACUUCUGGGAGUUGAUGGAUUUUUCACCCUUUUUAGAACCUCUGUUCUUGGCGACAUGGUGAGUGCCAUGCACUAGCAGGCCAUCUGCUGUUUAUACUUUUACUCUCAUUGUCCACCCUUGACAGUGAAGAAGUUAAACAUCUGAGCACCAGACUGUAUUUGUUUUAAAGCUACUGAUGGUCACUGUGCCCUUAUUGUUAGUUGCACUUUACUGAAAGAGUUGUAAAUGUAAUGUCACUCAAGGAUUAGGAAGGAUUAGUAUUUUCUCUUUUCUAUCUCCUGUAAAAGGAGUGUUGCCUGAUUACCACACUUUUGCUUUAUAUAAAAUCUUAGAUUUAUGUAAUUGGUUAUGAUGUUGCUAUGUAUGGCUGUAAGGUUAAACACAUAGUACAAAAAAGGUGUCUGCUUCACUCACCCAUCCAUGUUUCAUUGUUUAAUGAUCUUAUACUUAAAAUAGGCUCCUUUGUUUGUGAUUAAGGUCUUACUUGCACUAGAAAUUAGAUAUUACAUAUCAGAACUCCAUUUCCCUCAACAUAUGGCAUCCACAUUGUUGUACAGUUAGACAUCUUACACUUCCUUUCCUUUUUUGUUCUUUAUGUUUUGGCACUAUCAUGUGCUUAUGUCACUUAACAUUGAGCUCUCAUCAUGUAAGUUGUAUUCAGUCCCAAGGUGGGUCUAGUCAGCUGACUCUCAGUCACCAAUUACUAAGAGAUUCCUUGAGAACUGGAAGCUGUUUAGAUGAAGUUUUCAAGCAAGACCCUUCCCCUUAUCUCAUAUGUUGUAUUCCAUUAAUCAGUUAGAUGGACAAAUUGUGCCCAAAGCUCUUUAUUUACAUCAUAUGCUUGUAGAUUGUAAUGAUUGGUGGUUAUUAAGUAGAAAGGGUACAACUUAUCUGUUAAGUUGACCAUACCUUAGAUAAUUAAGUUGUACUGGGACUACUUAUGUUUUCAUGUAUUUGUUAUUUUAAUUAUUCAUGUACUGUACAAACAAAUGCAACUCUAUAGGUUUGGGAUAUUUGGAGAAGAGGGAAUGGAUUCUCUUCUCAUAAAUGUAGAUGUUGUUAGUUCAAGAAUUCUUAUUCCAUUUUCAGAGAGGGAAGAAAAGUCCUUGGGUCCAAAAUAGUGUUGUUUCAGGACUGUAUCUUCCCUGUGAUUGAUUUUUGUAUAGAUCUGCUGUACUGAUGUUAAUCUAGUCCCUUAAGAUUUAGUGAAACUAAAUUUUGGUUGCUAUUUUCCUCAGCAGUGGCAUCAGAGCUACUGCUGCAAGCAAGAACAACAAUUUCUAAUGUUUGACUUUAGGAAAGAAUGUAAUAAAGAUAAACUAAUGACUCA